AGAGGGUGGGGGGGAGAGAUAAGAGAGAGAAGAGGAAAAGGAGAGAGGAGAAGGAAGGAAGAAGAAGGAAGGAAGGGGACAAUACGAUCAUGCUGUGCUGUAUGAGAAGAACAAAACAGGUUGAAAAAAAUGAGGACGGGGACCAAAAGAUUGAGCAAGAUGGCAUCAAACCAGAAGAUAAAGCUCAUAAGGCAGCCACCAAAAUCCAGGCCAGCUUCCGUGGACACAUAACAAGGAAAAAGCUCAAGGGGGAGAAGAAGGGAGAUGCCCCGGCGUCUGAGACUGAUGCCGCCGACAAGAAGGAGGAAGGCCCUGCCGGCGGAGCGGCCGAGAACAAAGAGAGCGAGGCUCCCACUGCCACAGAAGCGGCUGCCGCUGACAGUGCCCAGCUGGAGGAGGGCAGCAAAGACAGCGGCGCGCCAGCGGAGGAGAAAAAAGGGGAUGGAGCCGCCGACACGGGCUCAGAGCAGCCAGCCCCGCAGGCUGCCGCUCCUGCCGCCUCCUCAGAGGAAAAGCCCACUGCUGCCGCUGCCACCGAAACGGAAAGUGCCACUAAAGCUUCCACUGACAACUCGCCGUCCUUGAAGGCUGACGAAGCCCAAGACAAAGAGGAGCCUAAACAAGCCGACGUGCCUGCUGCUGACACCACUGCCACCACCACCCCUGCCGCAGAGGAUGCUACUGCCAAGGCAACAGCGCAACCCCAAAUGGAGACAGUGGAGAGCAGCCAAACCGAAGAGAAGACAGAUGCUGUAGAAGAAACCAAACCUACUGAAAGUGCCCAGCAGGAAGAGGUGAAAGAAGAAGAGAGCAAGGCGGACCAAGAAAAUGCCUGAACAUUAAGAAAUGACUCCCCAUUGCCCCUCCCUCCCUCCCCCUAUCCUCUAUCCUUCCUUCCUACCCCAAUCUCGAUCUCCCCCCUUCCUGCUCACAUCUGUGAGCCUGUCCGUCCCUCUCCCAUUCCCACUUAAACCCUUUUUCUCUCUGUGUGGCAAACAUUUAAAGAAAAAAAAAAAAAAGCAGGAAAAAUCCCAGUCAAACAGUGUGGCUUAAACAUUUCUUUGUUUCUUGGUGUUGUUAUGGCGAGUUUUUUGGUAAUGAUGAUCCAAUCAUUUUGGGAAAAUUCUUGCACUGUAUCAGAGUUCUUUGACCUGGCGCGUGCGUGUGUCUGUCUGCCCACCGCGAGCGCGCUCUCUCUCUCUCCCCCCCCUCUCUCUCUCCUCCAAGUGUGUGUGUGUGCAAUGUUACGUUCAUCCGAGGAGUCCAGACUUACCGAGUGAGUUAAAACAAAAGAGGAAAAAAGAAAUUCCUUUUCUUCCUUUUUCAAUGUGAUGGAAUGAACGAAAGAAAAGAAAAAAAAGACCAAACCAAACAAACAAACGAAUGAAAAAUAAUACUAAACCCCAGUUUGUUUUCAGAACUAAAACAACAACAAAAAAAUGUGCCAAUUAGCGUAACGCUUGGCUCCAGGCUCCUUUUUCAAACUGAACAAUAAUUAUAAUAAAUGAGAAUAAUGAUCAUUAAUACCACCGUGUCGCAUUUCUAUGCUGCCGUACAUCCUGCUGGCCUGCGGUCUUUGGUGGGCCGCUUCUUUCGUGGCCCCGCUGUGCUCCUCGGCCGCUGGUCAGUGACCGACCACUCUCCCUGGCACUGCUGAGGGGAUUUUUAAGGGAAGCAGGCUUGGAUUUUUGAGUGAGGUGUUAGCACGAACUAACAUAAGUAAUGAAAGUAGCAAAAUCAGUUUUAGGAAAGAGCAAAAUAAGCAGCCCUCUAGGAUACCUCUAGGCCCUGAUUUGGAGAAUUUUGGUGACCUUGGAGGGAUAAGCCAGCAGAAGGACCAGCUUUGGUCCAUGCUGAAGGUCCGACCCCUGUUGAGGGGUUUACCAAGGGCCGUGAGGGGACAGGGUCCCAGGGCCUGAGCUCCCCCCAGCAGCGGGGUGACACUCACCCCAUGGGGCUAGAGUUGGAGAAGUCAUUGAGUAGCUUAGCGUGGCCCUCCAAAAAUGUUCUGAUUGGCAAAGUAAAUUGGGCCAAUGCAUUGAAUAAAUAGGCACGUGAGCAGGACAAGGUCUGGUGGUGUAAGAGCCAGUCGACGACACUGAGAAAUACCUCACUCCUGCUCCCUGGCAAAACCUGGGAUGGUUCACCCAGCUCUAACGAGGGCCAAGGCUUUUAGCUGUUAUUUAUGGCCUUCCCUCGCAGCCAGCUAAAAGCGUGGCGCAGGCUUGGCGCCGCGGGCAGAGCACCGCCGCGCCGAUCUCCACCACCGCUUUCCGCGGGGUGCGGGAUGGUCCCGUGUGCGUGCCGACCGCGCGCCCCGCUCGACCCAGCCUGUCCCGGCGGAGGACUGACAGACGCCCGGCCUGAGCCUGAACAGCCCUCGGGGGCUGCUGCUCUGUUCAUGAGCUGCGAGAGCGAACUGUUAAAAUAUAUUCAGUAAUAACCGGGCUUUCAUAAAAGCCCAGUUAUCGCUCUUUCACUGCCCUGAUUAUUAUCAUGUGCUUUCCCACCAGCUUGUGCAUGGUUUCCUGGCCACGUUGGCCAUGACAGCCAGCGUACCCUGCAGGAUUGCCGUACGAUGCUGCAGGGCCACAAUUAAAUUGACCUCACAGCAGUAACACCAAAAAGACGGGUCUGCUGACAGCCCCAACGUCCCUUGGUGGCUGAUGCUUGGAGUGGCAGCCCUGUGGCCUUCAGAGGGCUGGCUGGCCCUCCCUGCCCUACUCCUUUGUUCUCCUCCAUCUCUUUGUUGGAAAUAGGGAGAAAAGAUGAACAGUGUCUCCUCAGAGAUGAUUGGUUUGAACGUAGACCGCUCACUGGAAGUGCCAUCAAAACGCAUCAGGAUUGAUUUCCAUGUGCUUCCUGGCGUUGUGUAGAAAUAAGAGAGAGAGAGAGAGGGAGGAUUUUAAAAAAGAGAGGGAAAGAGAGAGUGGGAGAGAGAUUGGACAGAGAUUUAUAAAAACAGGGAUUAGAGAGAGGAGGGGGGAAAAGAUUUUCGAGUGGAUAGAUGGAUGAUAGGGAGAGAGAGGGGAGUAUAGCUAGAGUAAGAAAGAUUAGAGUGAAAAAGAUGAGAGAGAGACAGGAAGAAAUUAGAUAAUAUGGAGCAAUAGAUGAUUGAUAGAGAUAGUGAAACGUAGCUAGCUAAAGUAGAUUAGACAGACUAAAUAGGUAGAAAGAUGGGCUGACUGACAGAUAGGUAUUGUGUCAUACUUCAUAAACGAUAUAUAUGCUAAUAUUCCCAUGUCAUGAUGGGUGGUAAACCCUGAGACACCUUCCAGCCUGACCUCAAUUCAGCAAAUGUAGCGCGGACAUCAGGCAUUGCUUGGACCGUAUGUCAGGUCUCACCACCCUGCCCGUUUCUGCCGUGGAAGCGGCAGGGGGGUGGAUGGUGUUUGGGGAGGGAGAGCGCUCUGACGGACACGGGGGGGGGCCGAGGCGUAGGCAGGAGAGGCGUAGAGUAUGUUUGCUGUUCGUAGCACACGAGGUGCCCAGCCCAGCUCGGACGUUGCAGACGCCCCGUGUCUCUAGCACCGAGUCGAGAGAACUGAGGUUCAGCUCUCAGGAUUUGUGGGAGAGGUGUUUGGGAGGAGGCAGGAAGGAGAGAGCACGGUUUUUGUUCAGCUUCAUCUCCUGUCAUGACCAUUUACAAGAGUUUUCUUAAGGACUGUCUUGCCUGUUUCUGCAAAGACCGCGUGGUCUCCCUGCUCUUCUAACUUCAGACCCCAAACUUUUCAUCUUGCCUCCAGUUUACUGUUACUAUUUUUAACUUUAUAUGGAAAACAAAACUGCCUCUCAUGUCUUCCUGGACAUAGGCCUUCCUCCCUCCUCAAAACCCAAACACUUUUCUCUCCCCAGGGAUGUUUUAUCUUUGUAUUUCGCAUGUUGCCUCCCCCUUGGCUGAUGGUUGGGGCAUCGCGCGUGUUUUGUCACCAUUCGUAAGAACAUACUUUGCCAUGUUGCUUAGAGAACAAAGGGUUGGGUUUUGUGUUUUGGUUUUUUCCCCCACAAAGAGAACGGGAUAUGUGGUUACCAACUGCAAACCUAAAUAAUUUAAAUACUAAUUCCUCUCCCUUGGUUCCAGUUUAAAAUUACUAGCUGUAACCAAGCAACCCCCUAUCUUUCUUAUUGUACCGUGUCCUGAUCCUGCUGGAGAGUCAGGGCAAAGAGAGCGUGAGAGAGAGCACACAGACAAACCCUGCCUUGAGCAGGCAGUGGUUUCAUGUGUAAUACACAAGAUUUGUAUAGGAAGCUGGGCUGUCUUCAGGGUACAGGAAGAGAGCAGAGAAAAGCAUUUGGAUUUCCUUGAGUUGCCUCUUCAGCUAGAUUUUAAAAGGCUAAAAGCAAACAGUAUAAAGGAUGCGGCAUGGGAUGGAAACUGGAAGGAGAACAGGGGUAUUUGAGGAACGAUUUUUCUAGCAGGCUAUCAAGUGAGCUAAGCAGCACAAGAGGCAGGAGGUCCCAGAAGUAAAGAGUAGAGCAAAGAGUAUCCAGCGCAGUAGUUGGAGCUUUUCUGCUACUCCUGAUGCAACAACCAACACGAAUUCCCCAGGGAGAAUAUAUCUAAUCCUCUCUCCCUGAAGAGGAUAUAGCUUUGCCUGGAGGUGUCUGUGGUUGUUGUUACUUUAUGGAUGGAGAGGAAAGGGCAUGUCAGAAUGACUCACACUGGGAAUAUGGUGCCUGACCUUACGUACAGAGCUGUGGAAAUUCAGGGUCCAAGAGGGGCUUUUUCCAUGCCUCUGUAGUAAGAUAUGCUAGUGAUCCACAUCUGUACUGAAUGCUCCUACCAGCUGUAGGCCAGCUCUUGACAUUUCACCUCAUCUAGACUAAGCCUUGGAAAAGUGUAAAAAAUGCCAACCUAACACCCCCGGUCAAUGCAGUAGAUCAUUCGCAUGAAUUUGGUCUGCUUUGCAAUGCUUAUGGCAUCCACAGACUGUCUGCGUUGAUGGCAUACAAAAACCCACAACCCUUGCAAUAGUUGCAUCAGCCAAGAAGCUCCACCGUGAGCCACAUUCCAAAGGGAGGGGAAGGGCAUCCUGCUGAGAUCCCUUCAGACCCAGUGUUUUCCAACCCUAAACCCUAAUGCAGCCCCGUGAGAGGCCUUAGCUAGAAGGAACUCACCUACGGUGACAACGUAACACCAUCGCUUGGGGAAUGUGUUACUCUAAAUGAAAGAAAUGGCCAUGAGUGGAUGAGAGGGGUUUAGAAAGAAAGGAAAGACGAAAGAAAGAAAGAAAGAGGGAGUUCCUACCAAACUCUCCCCCGGGAGUUAUUUCUUUUUUUCUGCGGUCUCCGAAUGGCAAACUAGAACGUGAGGCUUUUUGUACUGAAGGUUUGGUGUUUGUCAUAGGUGUCUUAGGAAGGCAACAGAGCGGCUGUGGUUUGCAGAGAUGGAGGGAAGGGUCUGAAUAAAUGUUUUUGUGGCCCCUCUUGGCUAAGAAGUCCGUUCGGUGGUGACCUGCAGCUCAGCAGUGCGGGGGGGUGGUGGCGGGGGGUCCUCUUCCAGGCCUGUGCUCAGAUUCCCUGCUUUUCCGCAUUGUCACAUUAGCACUUUCACUGGAUAUUUAGAGCACCUCAGGACUGGUUCUCCUCUCGCUCACACCGGGGUAACUCAGGAGUCGCUCCACUGGAACCAGUGGUGUUAAUCUGGUGUGAAAAUAAUGCGAGAGGAGGAUUCAACUCCUCGGGGGGGGAUUUUCCAGGUCCCCGAGGGGGAAAAAAAAAUCAAUGGGAGUUACAUGUCUAACUGCCACUUGUGCCUGUGAAAGUCUGCCCCUUAUCUACCCAUAUGUAUAUAGGGUACAGUUUUCAGAAUAACCUAAGUGACGUGGGCGCUUGAGAGCACGCAUUUCACUGGCUUUCAAAGAGACGUAAGCUCCUAAGGCCCAGAUGUUGAAGGAUGUCCAAACUCCUCUCUGCAGCGAAUUUGUGGUCUCAGGCCUAAAAUUCUCCAGUCAUUUUCCAAAACGGAACUGAAGAUCAUGAGUCAUUUAGGUGGUCCUGAAAGCGCUACCCUCUAUCCAUUUUUCAGGGUGUUGAUCUCAGGUCAUGUGCGAGCCUGCAUUCUUACCUACAAUGCUUUAUUACUACAUUCCUCUGUUGAGCAAUACUUGGAAGAAGAGGUGAAGGUCGAGAUUUGCAGAACAGGCUAGUGACCCCAGUGGCUCACGUCUGGAGUGCCCAACUUGAGAGACACCUCACUGGGGCCCAAUCCACAGGUCCCCUGUAUUCUCUGAACAUCAGGAUUCAUGUAUUACACACCCAGAACCACUGGUCACUUCCAAAAAAAAAAAAAAUCCCUGCCUGAGACCUAGACUACUCUCACAAAAGAAAAUCCUAGGUGAACCAUUCAUCCAAUAGCUUGGUUUUUCUGCUCAUGCCUGUUCCCAAUGAACGAAACACAUCCCUGUGCAUCACCUAAGCCCUAUUUUGAGGAGUUACACUGGCAUACAGCUGAAGUAACACUGUAGUAAAUCGGGGCCUGAAGAAGGUGGCUACAGCCUAGAGAGUAUCAAGAACUGUGACGUGUCUGGAAGCUAAUAAGAGCAGAACUUGACGAUUAGAGCGGCCCAUUUCCGAUGCUCUUGUGUGAGGAUCUGGAAAGAGUCUCUCACUCAUUGUACUUGUGCAUUAUGAAUGUGUCCAUCUGCAGAGAUCUAAUGUACACAUAUGUCCUGAAUAUUGUCCUAAGGUUGCAAGCUUCAAAAAUGAGCAGAAAACAUUCCCGAGAAGUGAGAAUAAUACAGAUGUCUGUAUUUGAAAAAUUGGUUCAAAUAAAGUCUCUCACUUAUA